GACGACGCGACAAACAAACACUGAUAAACGGCCGCCCGACAGAACGGUACGUGCAAGCGCUGGGAUGCGGUGGCGUUGGCAGUGGCUCGUUGCGGAUGAGAUUCCGCAGGUUCGAAAGCUUCCGCAAGGCUGUAAUGCUGCAGUAACCUCUCAAUAGCGAUGAAGGUUCUGGUCCUUCUUCUUGUGGGAUUGAUCGGCGCUGCCGUUGCAGAAAACGAUGACACGGUAUGGACCCCAGAAAUGGUUCAAGACCUUUUCAGUACUGCCACCGUUGUCGGUGCGACAGUUCCUGGACUGGUUGCUCAUCACGGAUACUUUGUCGAAAGUCAUUAUGUGACGACCGAGGAUGGUUACAUCCUCCAAAUGCAUCGAAUCCCAGCGUCUCCUAAGAGUCCUGAAGCUACCAGCAGAGGCGUAGUAUUCCUGAUGCAUGGGCUGUGCGGAAGUUCUGCUGCCUUUAUUCUCAUGGGACCUGGAAAAGCUUUAGCCUACGUCCUGGCCGAUGCUGGAUACGACGUGUGGUUGGGCAACGCUAGGGGAAAUACUUAUUCAAAAAAUCACACAACUAUUACCGAUUUUACCAGUAACAAGUUCUGGGACUUCGAAUGGCAUGAAAUUGGUAUUUACGAUCUUCCCGCCAUGAUCGACUACGUUCUUGAAAAUACAGGACAGGAGAAAGUGUCAUUCGUGGGUCACAGUCAAGGUGCAACAACGUUCUACGUUAUGGCCUCUUUGAAACCCGAGUACAACGACAAGAUUGAGGUCAUGUUCUCUUUGGGUCCUGUCGCUUACAUGUCAAACCUAAUUAGCCCGGUGUUGAGGCUUACCGCCAAAUUCGAGGGUUCUCUGGGGGUGAUUUUCAAUCUCUUUGGUCAGUACGAGUUCCUGCCUAGUCACGAUCUUAUCAGCACAGCUAGUUCGACAUUCUGCGAAGCGGAUGCUCUGACUCAAUACAUGUGCAGUAAUUCAAUCUACUUCCUGAUGGGGUUCAACAAGGCUCAAACCAACACCAGCAUGCUGCCAAUUAUCGUUAAACACAUGCCGGCUGGUGCGUCAACUCGUCAAGUAAUUCACUACGGUCAAGAAAUUAAUUCCGGCAAGUUCAGACAGUGGGAUUACGGCCUGCUGUUCAAUCAGGUGCAAUAUGGGAGACUUACUCCACCAGAUUACGAGCUUAGCAGGAUUACUGCACCCGUCCACUUGCUCUACAGUGACAACGACUGGAUGGCUGCUGUAGAAGACGUCAAACAGUUGUACGAAGAGCUUGGGAACCCGAUUGAGAUGUAUCGAAUCAUGGAUGGGAGUUGGAACCACCUUGAUUUUGUAUUUGGUAUCAAUGCCAAGGAACUCGUCUAUGAACAUAUGCUGGCUGUAUUACAAAAACGAUAUAGUGAUUAGGUGAUAGCAAAAUCAUCUACCACGGUUGCCGAUUAUGAAAAAUAAAAAUUGAGGUUAUUCGAUACAUAGGAUUCUAGUUAAUGUACUAUACUUUUUAUUUAAUAAAUGAAUCUCACGUA